GCUCACAACGAGUUUGUUACUCAAAGCGUCAAGAAUACCAAAAGGAAACGGAAAUUUUGAAUAAAAAUUUGAAAAAAAAAAAUAAAAGAGAAAAAAACCAGAUUGAAAUAAUUAACAAUCUGUUGAAGACAAAACGCUUAACAUACGGAUUACGGUCAAAAAAACAAAAAAAAAAUUACAGCGCAACACUAACAGAGAAAAUAUAAAAAUCUCAAAACAAGCCAAUCUGUGGAUUAUUAAAACAAAAUACAAAAAAAGUGUUGAAAUAAAAACAAAAGGAAAAAAUUGAAAAUAUUUUUUCAAAAUAAAUAAAAAAAGAAUUUAGAAAAAAGUGCUGAGUGUGGGUUUUUACAAAAUAUUGGAAUAUUGAAAAACCCCAGUCAAAACACAAACCUCGCAAUAUUUAAAAAAAGAAGCAAAUCAAUAAAUUUUCAAAAUUUAUUAAAAUAAAACUCGCCACGGAUUACCAGCGUUUUUCAAGCCCCACAACCCGUUACCAAUAACAGCCGCCAAAAUUCUACUCAAGGAACGUAAAGACAUCAUUUCUAAAAUGAAAUCCUUGACGGCCGUUUGCCAGACCGGUGCCUCAAUGCCCGCCAUCAAUCCCAAUGGACGCAUAAGCCGUCAUCCGCCGCAUCGCGGUGAUGGUGAAAAUGCCGAAAUGAAAAUGUAUUUGUCCAAACUGAAGGAUCUGGUGCCGUUCAUGCCCAAAAAUCGCAAACUUUCCAAAUUGGAAAUCAUCCAGCAUGUCAUCGAUUACAUUUGCGAUUUGCAAUCCGAGCUGGAGACACAUCCUGAAAUCAAUAAUUUUGAUGCCAGUGCAGCAUUGAGUUUUGCCGCCAGCAGCAUGCAAAGAGUUUCGUCGGGCAGUGAAGAGGGUGGUGCCGAUGAAGAUAUGGCCGCCGAGGAGGAGGAGGAGGACAGUGAAGUGCAACAGCGUUUGAGUGGAGCCAGUACACAACAACAACAACAUCAAUCUAGUCCUGCUGCUCAGCGUCAACCUUUGGUUGAUCGCCCCACACCCAACACAAUUUUGCCACCCGCCUCACAACAACAGCAACAGCGACACCUUAACAACGCCCUCACAACAGUCUCCACCUCCCCGUCCGCUGUGACAGUAACCUCCUCAUCAUCUCCAGCGUUUGAAGAAAGCCUCAGCUCCUCAGCCAGCUCCCAUGCAGAUUCAACGAAUCACACGAUUUCUGAUGAAAAGGAUGUCGAUAGCAGGCUGUUAUGUUAGAUUUUUAUAUCAGCCCCAUUUUUCAUAACCAUGAAUUCCUCAUUUUAAUUCAUAUAAAAAUAUAAGUAAGAUUCUGUGAAAAAAGUGGAAGUUUGAAACAACUUCAAAAUGGUAAAC